GAAGGAUCAUUACACAAGGAGAGAGAGAGGAAGAGACUGCGAGGAGGCAGAAAGAGAGCAUUCAGACUACAUCAAGAGGAGAAGAGACACAGGCAGGUACAUCUUCAGCCACCCCAAGAAAAUGCCCAAUUUCGCCGGCACUUGGAAAAUGAAGAGCAGUGAACAUUUUGAUGAUCUGCUGAAAGCCCUUGGGGUGAAUGCUAUGCUGAGAAAGGUGGCUGUGGCAGCGGCCUCCAAACCCCACGUUGAGAUCAGGCAGACUGGCGAGCAGUUCUACAUCAAGACCUCCACCACUGUGCGCACCACAGAGAUUACAUUUGUCAUUGGCCAGGAAUUUAAUGAGGAAACUGUUGAUGGCAGGAAGUGCAAGAGCCUUGCCACAUGGGAGACCGAGAGCAAAAUGCACUGCAGGCAAACCCUUCUGGAUGGAAAUGGCCCCAAGACAUACUGGACCCGGGAACUGAAAGGAGACGAACUCAUACUGACUUUUGGAGCAGAUGACAUUGUGUGCACACGAAUUUACUUACGAGAGUAGCAGAUCAGAAAGAGCUACCUGCACAGAUCACCACAAUAACAAAGCUUGCAAAACAGAAUCAUCUAAUCCAACAACAUUUCUCUCAAAAUAGUUAACAACCUAUAGAUGUUUAUGCAAAAUAAUCAUUUGCGACUGACCGUAACAUGUAUUCUGUUAUGUAUUUAACGUGCUUUCAGUGAUGGAAAUAAAAAAUAACUGUGUGCGUUGUU